AUGAGUCAGUUAAAUGAUGGCUUAACACCAACAAGAACGGCAAGGGUCAAAUUUAUGAACAACAGCUUCAAAAUAAAAUCAUCUCAAGAUAAAUUAGAUCUCGAGCUUAUAACCAUAAAAGGUUUUUUACUUCGCUGUUCGCAUAGCGUUUCUGGGUAUGAGGCAAGAAUGAGAAACUGGACAACACUUGUUCACCGUCGUUGCUUGGCUGAAAAUAGGCAUGAAGCUCGGGCAGCUGAUAAUAGAAUGAAUAAUCAGUCUGAAGAGUAA